GCCGACGGGCGGGCAGUUUUCCGGCCUAACUCACCAAGGCAAAGCAGAAGUAAGGAAGUGAGUGAGUAGGCGAGGAACGAACGAACGCGACCAACCCAGUGAAGUGAGGGCUGAUUGGGGAACAGAGCUGUGGAUUGCUGUGGAUGGAUGAACGAACUGCGGACAAGCUGUGGAUCGGAGGAGAGAAGACGACGAGGGGAUCGCAUCUCCAGCCAUAUCAGAGCAAAUCCAGGCCCAACACCGGAUCGCUGGCCUGCUGCCCGUGUCCCUUGUGAAAAGAGCCUUGAUCUUUGGACCAUUGUCCGCGGGUUGACCAUGGCUACCACGUCCGGCGACAAGCCUCGCAAGGAUAGCAAAAGUGCUCCCAAAGCCUCCAAGGCUUUGACCACUUCGGCCAAGCGCAUCCAGAAGGAACUGGCCGAGAUCACCCUCGACCCGCCUCCCAAUUGCAGCGCUGGGCCCAAAGGUGACAACAUCUAUGAAUGGGUGUCCACUAUCCUCGGGCCCCCGGGCUCCGUGUACGAGGGCGGGGUGUUCUUUCUCGACAUUCACUUCUCCCCGGAGUAUCCGUUUAAACCGCCCAAGGUGACAUUCCGCACUCGCAUUUACCAUUGUAACAUCAACAGUCAAGGGGUCAUUUGUCUGGACAUCCUCAAAGACAAUUGGAGCCCCGCUCUCACCGUGUCAAAGGUCCUUCUUUCCGUCUGUUCACUUCUCACAGAUUGCAACCCAGCCGAUCCGUUGGUGGGCAGCAUUGCUACUCAAUACACUCAGAACCGCGAGGAACACGAUAGAAUAGCGCGAUUGUGGACCAAACGCUAUGCCACAUAACGCACGCAAGAAUAGCGCUAAAUCAACCACCGCAACAACAACCGCAACAACAACAGCAACAAUUUCUGCAGACUUGGCUCUGAGCUACGGAUAGCCCGUAGAUGAGCGGACCCAACUACAAGAACGACAAAAAAGUAUCGGCGUUUCCAUCGUUAAUUGUGUAAGAAAAAGAAUCUGCGCUUCAGUUUCGUGGCUAUCUCAGCAAUCAAUCUCACUUUGAUCAAUAUCAUCAUCUUCAUCCAAGCAUUCUUGUAAAAUUGGAGAGAGCCAAGGCUAGCUCUUCCCGUUCGACUACGACGGAUCGACAUCCAUUCGAAUAAAUAUAAUGCCAGAAUCCAGCCCAACCAAGUGAAGAUUUGACUGUCUAAAAGAAAGCGGCCACCAUAUUCCCAUCGAAUGACAUAAUCCCUUGUUGAAAAUCUGUUUUCUGGUUUUAUCAUUCGUGACACCAUUUGAUUUCAACUGCAGUCAUGGACUGACUAACUCAUUUUGAAGUGAACAAAGAGACUCGUAAUAUUAGCCAA